CUGCGCCUCCACUUUCCACGCGAGGACGUACACACAGCCCUGAAUGAAAAAGACGGAGCUUUGUGCCCGAAACUAAAAAAAACACCCGAACCCGAACCCGAGCCUGACUCAUGAAUUAAAACAACGACUUGUCUGUGAGAGGCCAGUAGAGGACCGUCUGUCUGUCUGAAGGAUGAUGGAGUUCCCGCAACAGCCUCAGCAGCAACGACCAGCGGGGGACGGAAAGAUAACCUACCCACUGGGUGUCAAAGAGAUCACUGAUAAGAUCACCAACGAUGAAGUUGUCAAACGACUCAAGCUGGUGGUCAAGACGUAUAUGGACAUGGAUCAAGACUCAGAGGAGGAAAAGCAGCAGUAUUUGGCUCUGGCUCUUCACUUGGCCUCUGAGUUCUUCCUGCGAAACCCCAACAAGGAUGUACGGUUACUCGUGGCCUGCUGUCUCGCUGACAUCUUCAGGAUCUAUGCUCCAGAGGCCCCAUACACCUCACAUGACAAGCUCAAGGAAAUUUUUCUCUUCAUUACACGGCAGUUGAAGGGAUUAGAGGACACUAAGAGCCCACAGUUCAACAGAUAUUUUUACUUGCUAGAGAACCUGGCAUGGGUGAAGUCCUACAACAUCUGUUUUGAAUUGGAGGACUGUAAUGAGAUCUUCAUCCAGCUCUUCAAAACCCUAUUUUCUGUCAUCAAUAACAGCCAUAAUCAGAAGGUGCAGAUGCACAUGCUGGACCUGAUGAGUUCCAUCAUCAUGGAGGGAGAUGGAGUGACGCAGGAGCUACUAGACACAAUCCUCAUCAACCUCAUCCCUGCUCACAAAAACUUGAAUAAGCAGGCAUAUGACCUGGCCAAGACUCUUCUGAAGAGAACGGUUCAAACCAUCGAAACCUGCAUCGCCUCAUUUUUUAAUCAGGUUUUGGUGAUGGGAAAGUCCUCCGUGAGUGAUCUGUCUGAGCAUGUAUUUGACCUCAUUCAGGAGCUCUUUGCAAUUGACCCUCUGCUCCUUGUCUCUGUGAUGCCACAACUUGAGUUCAAAUUGAAGAGCAAUGAUGGAGAGGAGAGGUUGGCUGUGGUGAAACUGUUGGCUAAACUAUUUGGAGCAAAAGACUCUGAACUGGCCACUCAGAAUCGCCCACUCUGGCAGUGUUUUCUUGGCAGGUUCAAUGACAUUCAUGUUCCUGUGAGACUGGAAUGUGUGAAGUUUGCUAGCCACUGCCUGAUGAACCACCCAGAUCUUGCCAAGGAUCUUACAGAUUUUCUGAAGGUGAGGUCACAUGACCCGGAGGAGGCAAUCAGACAUGAUGUCAUUGUAACCAUCAUCAAUGCAGGGAAGAAAGACCUGAACCUGGUGAAUGAUCAACUGUUGGGGUUCGUCAGAGAGAGGAUGUUGGAUAAGAGGUGGCGUGUCCGUAAAGAAGGAAUGAUGGGUUUGGCUCAACUGUAUAAGAAGUACUGUCUGCACCAUGAGGCCGGGAAGGAGACCGCUUUGAAAAUCAGCUGGAUUAAAGACAAACUCUUACACAUCUACUACCAGAACAGCAUAGAUGACAAGUUGCUGGUGGAGAAGAUCUUUGCACAGUACAUGGUUCCUCACAGUCUGGAGACUGAAGAGAAGAUGAAGUGUCUGUACUACCUUUAUGCCUGUCUGGACACUAACGCAGUCAAAGCACUGAAUGAAAUGUGGAAGUGUCAGAAUAUGCUGAGAGGGCUGGUUCGAGAACUGCUGGACUUACACAAACUGCCUACAUCUGAAGCAAAUACCACAGCCAUGUUUGGAAAACUUAUGAACAUCGCUAAGAAUCUCCCAGACCCAGGCAAAGCUCAGGACUUUAUGAAGAAGUUUAAUCAGGCUCUGGGUGAAGAUGAGAAACUACGUCUUCAGCUUGAGCAGCUCAUCAGCCCCACCUGCUCCUGUAAACAGGCUGAACAGUGUGUGAGGGAAAUAACACGGAAGCUGACAUUCCCCAAGCAACCCACAAACCCAUUCCUGGAGAUGGUAAAAUUCCUACUGGAGAGAAUCGCACCAGUUCACAUCGACUCUGAGGCCAUCAGUGCCCUGGUUAAGCUGUUAAAUAAAUCAAUUGAGGGCACUGCUGAUGAUGAAGAUGAGGGAGUUACUCCUGAUACUGCCAUCCGUGCUGGACUUGAGCUGCUUAAGGUUUUGUCAUUUACUCACCCCACUGCAUUCCACUCAGCUGAGACUUAUGAGUCCUUGCUGCAGUGUCUGAAGAUGGAGGACGAUAAAGUGGCGGAAGCAGCAAUACAGAUCUUCAGAAACACGGGACAAAAGAUCGAGACUGAACUGCCACAAAUCCGCUCGACUCUAAUUCCCAUACUACAUCAGAAGGCAAAACGAGGGACCCCCCACCAGGCCAAACAGGCGGUCAACUGCAUCCAUGCCAUCUUUCACAACAAAGAGGUCCAGUUAGCACAAAUAUUUGAGCCAUUGUCUCGCAGUCUGAAUGCAGAUGUGCCUGAACAGCUGAUCACUCCACUCGUGUCUCUUGGACACAUCUCCAUGCUGGCCCCGGAUCAAUUUGCGUCACCCAUGAAGUCAAUCGUAGCCAAUUUUAUCGUGAAGGACCUUCUGAUGAAUGACAGAUCUGUGGGAAACAAGAAUGGGCGCCUCUGGACAGCUGAUGAUGAGGUUUCCCCUGAAGUGCUGGCUAAGGUGCAAGCCAUUAAGCUGUUGGUCCGCUGGUUGCUGGGAAUGAGGAAUAAUCAGUCUAAAUCGGCUAACUCUACUCUCAGACUCCUCUCAGCCAUGCUGGUCAGUGAGGGAGACCUCACCGAGCAAAAGAAAAUCAGCAAGUCUGACAUGUCUCGACUGAGGCUUGCAGCGGGGAGCGCCAUCAUGAAACUGGCACAAGAGCCUUGUUACCAUGACAUCAUCACUCCAGAGCAGUUUCAGCUCUGUGGACUCGUCAUUAAUGAUGAGUGCUAUCAGGUGCGGCAGAUCUUUGCUCAAAAGUUACAUGUUGCCCUGGUGAAGUUGUUGUUGCCACUGGAGUACAUGGCUGUGUUUGCUUUGUGCGCUAAAGACCCAGUGAAAGAGCGACGUGCUCAUGCCCGACAGUGCCUACUCAAGAACAUCAGUGUCCGCAGAGAGUACAUCAAACAGAAUCCCAUGGCCCAUGAAAAGCUGCUGUCUCUCCUCCCAGAAUACGUGGUACCAUACAUGAUCCAUCUUCUAGCUCAUGAUCCAGACCUUACCAAGCCACAGGAUUUGGAGCAGAUCAGAGACGUCAAAGAGUGCUUGUGGUUCAUGCUGGAGGUGUUGAUGACAAAGAAUGAGAAUAACAGCCACUCAUUCCUGAGGAAGAUGGUUGAGAACAUCAAACAAACAAAAGAUGCACAGGCCCCAGACGACCCAAAGGCAAACGAGAAACUUUACAUUGUGUGUGAUGUGGCAUUAUUUGUGAUCGCAAACAAGAGCACUUCAUGUCAUCUGGACUCCCCAAAAGAUCCUGUGCUGCCUAGCAAGUUCUUUACCCCACCUGAUAAGGAUUUUGUCAAUGAUAAGGAGUAUCUCUCACCAGAGGCAAAAAUAGUUCUGCAGACAGGGAAAAUCCAGCAACCACCAAAGCAGACAGGUGUGUUGGGGGCAGUGAACAAACCUUUAACGGUAACUGCUCGGCGACCGUUCAUUAAAACCACCACCUCUGACACAGGGAGCAACGCAAGCACUAACUCCCAACCCAGCUCGCCUGCAACAAAUAAGAGCAGGGAUGUGAGUUCUGAGGCUUCAGAGAUGGGGGCAAGGGAGAAUGAAGAGAAUCCAGUCAUUACAAAAGCAGGAGGUGUAAAGAAGGAAGAGGCUGCUCAGCCCAGUGGGAAGAAACGUGCUGCACCUGCAAGUGACGGCACAGAGAACAGUGUGUCUUCAAACCCCUCUGCAGUGACAGUACCCCCUGCCAAUAAACCACGACGUGGCCGACCCCCUAAAAACCCUGCGGGUGUUGUCACACCAGAUAAAGAGGCUGGAGCUACGACAGGGGGAGGGUCUGGGCGGGGCCGGAAGAGAGCAGCACCAGCUCAGGAUCCCGCCACCACAGCCUCAGCUGAUUCAAUCAGUGUCAAGACACCAAAACAGCAGAAAGAAGCAGAGCCCAAAAGAGCGGGGCCACAGAGACAGAUUGACCUUCAAAGAUCAGUGAGGGUAGCACAGAGAAAACAGCAUGUGAACCAAGACAUCCGCCUGUCUCGGAUGACUUACGGAAGUGAAGGAGAGACAGAGAGAGAAUUUGAGUCCAGCCCAGAGUAUGUACACUCACUCACACAGCUACAGGAGCCGCAGGAAGAAGCCAUUCUCGAACAGCUCAGGGGUGCAGCAGGCCCCAAACUGAGAGAAUCCACUUAUGCAGCAGAGCAGGGGGAGCUGUCAGUAAAGCGUCGGUUCGUGAAGACAAGGACGGUCAGGCAGUAAAUGUUUGAAUGACCGAACGAAGAGACACAUCUACUUAAACAUGAAAUGUUCUUCACAAACCUGAACUGUCCUUUCCCCCACCCCUCAGAAGAAUGAGGAAUGAAUUCUUUAGAUUCAGAUGUUCAAACUUGUAUGUAGAAACACAGAUCUGUUUCUCUUCAUUAGUUUUCUUUUCUGUUGAAAUUGUUCUUGUUGCUCUCUUCCUGUCUGGAGCCAUUUUUAAAAACAAACAUUUGAAAGAAAAAAAAAUCUGUUUUAAUCUGCUCUAAGGUUGCUUAUUAAAUACAUGGAAAGAUUUUUUUUACUGUUAUCUCCCUCUCCUCUUUUAACCCUCUAUUAAAUCCCAAUAUUGUCAUCAGAUUUCUUUGAUUGCAAGGAUUCAUUGAGGCUCAUUUUCUACAUUUAUAGUGCAAGGAUUGCAGGACUUUGAUUAGUAAUGCUGCUAUUUAUUCUGCUGGGUGUAUGAGCAUGAAUUCCUCGUUCAAGGGAACACCCUGCAUUUGCUACAUGAGAUUUGUGUGUUUGGAUUAAUUCUAAAUAUUGUUCCAAUAUUCAAAUUGCUUCACCUUUAAAUAAGAUAUUCCAUUUAAUUUCCCCCAAACACUUUUAACUGUUACAAAGCUGUUCUUUACCAAAUUACAUUUUGACAUCAUCUGAAAUAAUGUAAUAACUUGCACAAAACAAAGAUUCACAGAUAAGUUAAUUUUUCACUUUUUUAAUUCAAAAGAAUGACAAUUUCACAAUAAAUAACCAUGCUUGUACGGCUCGAGUAGGUUUUCUUCUGUCUUGUUUUGUAAAGGAGCUUAAAGUGACUAAAGCCAGAGCCUAUGACCUGCAUUUCUCCUUUGACAGAAGUUUUUGUCCUUUUAUUCACUUCGUGCAAUAUUGAACAAGGUGAUCACUACAGGAAGACAGUCUUUUUGUUUCAUUUUUGUUUUUCAUACAAAAUAUAAAUCCAGCCAUCGAUGGUGCAUUCUAGAGAUGAACAGUAUUUUAUCCCCCCCAAAAAACUUGGCUAUAUGUACAUGAGAAAGGUGUAUGAAAGUGGGGGCAUUAUGAAAACAGAUGGUAUGGGAGAAUCCUAGCAAAUAGAGGGAGGUCAAGUAACAGAGGGAAAAAAUAAACCUUUUUUUUAACAAUUCACCCCUGCAAGAACAGAACACUAGGUAAAAAACAGGUUCACAAAGCAUUGUGUGGCAGUACUUGCUCUUGGCCCGUUCGCUUUGAAGCAUCUGUAGAAUAGAAAACUCUAGCUGUUUGAUUCAUGCUUGCUACAUCAGUUUAAAACGUGUGAAAAAUGAAAUAAUAUCUGCAGCCUGCGAAUAGAAGUCUUAAUACAUAUGUGGUAUAAUAACAAAAAAUACCCCACCUCACACAGACUCUUUUAAACCUCUACACCAACUAGUUUUGUGCCUUAACAGUUUUUGAUGCACCUCAUCAUUAUGAUUGUUCCACAAAGAAAAAGCCAAUCAUUAUUAGAGUACAAACUCUAGUGUCUUCAAUUUCUCACUGCAUGUACAAACUUUAUAUACUUUAAUGAAAGUUUUAUACAAUACAUUCUUCAAAAAGAAAAAGACAAAAACACCUUGAGGCAACUCGAGGUAUAUCUGUCCGUGAUCAAGUCGAACCCCUACAGCUGCCUUGAAAAGAAGUAGAGAAAGGAUUUUGGGCUACCAAUACCACAUCGACCCCUUUGUCAAAAAGAGGAAAAAAGUGAGAAGGGGUUAAAAAAAAA